AUGCCCAAGAAAAAGGAAAUUAUAGGUGCCCAAAGGGACACUAUUGCGGCCCUUGAGGCCAAAAUAGUGGCCCAAAAUGCACAAAUCCAGGCGCUAUUCGCCGAACUUCGUUCGGUGAAGGAUUCCAUCGCCGGCCAACCAUCUGCUGGUACCCUGGCGGCUGCCCACCCCCCAGCUGCCGCCCCCAUGCCCGCCACCGCCCCCAUGGGCACCCAACCGCCCCCCAAUCCCAAAAACAGCACUCCAGCUGUGGCACCCAAGCCCGCUGCCAUCCCCAUGCCCGCCACCGCCCCCAAGGGCAACCAACCGCCCCCGAACCCGAAAAACAUCACUCCGGCUGCAGUUGCCAAGCCCGCUGCCACCCCCAAGCUCGCCACCGCCCCCAAGGGCAACCAACCACCCCCCAACCCCAAAAUCAACAUUCCAGCUGUUUCUGUUAAGCCCGUCGCUCCAUCCACGAGCAACCAACCCCUCACAUCCCCCAAACCCGGCGCACCUGCCAACCCAUCGAAACCAGCCGUUCCUCCAAGGAACGACAAACCGGUGGCUAAGAAGGCGAAAGUCCUCAAGCCACUGUCAUGGUCCGACUCUGAUUCCGAGAUGUCGGUGGAUGUUCCCGUUACUCCUGCGGCCUCCCGUGCCCCUCCCGCCCCCGUUCCCGCGCGUAAGCGCAAAAAUCAUGCAUCCUCCGCCUCUUCGACGGAAUCCUCUGAUUCCGAGAGCAACAACUCUCGGAACGGGGCUCCCGUUGAGAAGACGGUCCCUAUCCACGUGCGCGACCACUCUGUGUGGCCCGCACUCCAAAAGAAGCUCGCCGGUGGUGACAUCCGCUACCGGCAAGCUAAGAACACCUCCCUGGGCGUUCGGAUCAUCCCCGAACGAGUGCAGGACCACCGAGCCAUUACCAAACUUCUCGAAAAAAGAAGCAUCCCUUACAACACCCACCAAUUGCCCGAAGAUAAGCAACUCGUUGCUAUCAUUCGCGGCGUUAAUCAGGCCGUGUCUGAGGACCAGGUUCGAUCCGAACUGGUCAAUAUGGGCCUCCCUGUCGUCAAGGUGCAUCGAAUGCGCCGUGGCGAAAACAUCUGGCCACUAAUGUCGGUGCACCUGCACCGUACCGAGGUGGCCAAAUUGAUCUUCGACGUCCACGUCGUUGCGGGCCUCUCCGUAACGGUGGAAGCGAAGAGAAAGUCCACCGUCGUUCCACAGUGUGGCCGAUGCUUAAAGUUCGGCCAUACAAACAACUACUGUUUCGCCGACUUCGUGUGCAGCUUCUGCGCACACGGACACAUUUCUGCGGAAUGCCGCAAGAAAUCUGUGGACGGCGCCAAGCCACGAUGUGCUAACUGUGGCGGCGAACACCGUGCCACAUACCGCGGGUGCCCGAAGGCACCCAAACCCAAGAACUACCCGGCCCCCAAAAAGGCCACCCCAACCCCCCGAGCAGCCAAACCGGUGGCACCUGGAGUUUCGUACGCCCAGGCGGCCACCGCCACUCCGCAUCCUGCUCCUCAGGUCGUGCCGGCUCCACCGGCCGCCCCCGCUCCCCCGACCACUCCACUCACCCCCAACAAUGUGUCCCUUGAUUCGAUCCAGCACUUCGUGCUGGUCGUUCAGCCACUACUGGCGCAACUGGCAACGGCACUUCAGCCGUUUGCCGCCCCCCCCCACCGCCCAAGUGACUCGUAA